AUGAUUUCAAAAGUGUUCAAAAGAAUUAUCAACUUUAGGUUGUAUACAAACCGAAGUGUCGUAGGCGAAGAUUAUCCGAAUAUAAAUGCACUACCUGGAUGGAUGGAUGCACUACCACAAAGUGGAUGGAUGCACUACCGUAAAGGUAGAGGUGGAUACACUACCACAGAGAUUCUCUGCCCCGGGUAUAUGUGCAUUACCACUAAAGUGGAUGGAUGCACUACCGUAAAGAUUCUCUGCCCCGGGUAUAUGUGCAUUACCACUAAAGUGGAUGGAUGCACUACCGUAAAGGUAGAGGGAUACACUACCACAGAGCAAGAAAGACGUGUAGAUAUACUACCACAAAGAGAGAGAGGGCGUCCGCCAAAAAAUUCGCCAAAAUCACCUACAAUUUCGUCGUCAUCAUUAAUGGCCACAACACCCACAACGUUGUCAUUAGAAACGGAAGCUGCCGAACCAACUAAUAUUAUGGGUAGUGAACUUUCUCUUCCUAUUUUGCGUGGGGAUUCAGCAACUUCCGUUUCCAAUGACAAAGUUGUAGGUGUUGUGGCCAUUAAUGAUGACGACGAAAAUGUGGCCAAUGAAAUAUUGAAUAAAACAAAAGAGGCAGGGGAAAAGAGUUAA